AUGGGCAGCAGGUUCGCGGGGAGCAAGUUUGGGGGAACCAGGAGAGUGAACGUGGAGUUGCUUAUAGAGAGUGUGAAUAUAGCCGCAGAGCUGGCAUACCACAGCCAUAGAGUGCUGACCAAAUGCGUGGAGGGUGUGGGUUCCGGCUGGGUUGGGGAGGUCACAGAAGCUGCUCUUUCCGCACAGAUUAUUGACGCAACUGGAGGCUUUGCGUCUGAUUUGAAUAUGAGAGGAGGUGCUGGUGUGGUGAGGGUCUCUGCUACCAGUGGGGUGAGAGCAUAUGGGGAUGUGGAUAUGAGUGCACCCAUCCCUGUUCUCUCCGUGUUUGCAGUCAAGCUGCAGACACCUGCUGCUGCUGCUGCUGUGGGAGAGUCAGCAGCGUCGGCAGGAGGGUACGGGGCGCAGGAGAGGGGGAUGGUAAGCUGUCACUCCGCCAUUCGUCCGACGCCCCAUGCUGACGUCAUCCUCCCCAUCCCUCUCUUCCUCUCGUCUUCUGAGGAGGAUCGGAGCAGCUUCGGCACUGACCCAACCCUGGAGCAU